AUGAGUUCUCCUUCGACAGCGGAGUUCUACUCCUCGAUAACAACCUUUCUGCAGUGUCUCAACUUGACCACGAAAUUUGAGGGUCAAGUCCCGAACGAGUUCCAGAUAAUAACCCAUGCAGAAGAGAAUGAUGGAGUUUUUAUUCGAUACACGUACAAUCCGUCCGAGAAAAAUGUGACGUAAGUGGGACGCGGGUGCAAAAUUUCAAUUUUAUGUGCCAGAAUUCAUCUAGUAAGUAGGUGACCCUAAUUUUGUGCAGUUUUUUAGUUCGAGAGGGAGGUAUUUUGCUGCGUUUUUGAGACUUGCCGGAUGCAAAAUGGCACGUUUUUUUGCCACCGGAUUAGGUCCGCCGCUGUAUCUUUGCUUCGCUGGUAGAUUCGGAAGUGAAGUUCUGAGGGAUUAAAAUGUGACGCAUUUGGGGUGCGCGCGAUAAACUUGAGAAAAUUUAUCAACAUCAAAUGUUACUUUCAGUGACGAGAAACUGGACUUGGUUGGCAAACAGACAGGCCUGAAAAAUUAUCGCUUUCACUUGGCGCUGGAAGAAGACAAGUUUCUCACCGGAGUUUCUGGAUACAAGGCUAAGGAGUGGGGCUUUAUCUUUAAAAUAUUUUUUUUGUAGGGAAUGCCUGGUUUUUGAUAAGAAAACCAAAAUGUAUUUUUUUAAUACUAUGUAGAUUUUUACAACAAGAAAAGAGAACAGGGGGGGGGCAAUGCAGAAAGCCGGCCUCUGCACGCCUCUGAGGUGACUAGACAUGGCUACCGGGCUGGGCCGGCCCGGAAUAGUUCACUAAUGACAAUAAAUGGAAUGUCAAAACACAAUUUUUUGAAGGUAUUUUUGUUUUUAGAUACCUACGGAACACAGUAUUUAUCCAUUUACAUGACGAUAGAAAAAAAUUUGGUCAUAACGAGCUAGACUUGGGGAGACUUUUGUUUCAAUGGGCCGGCCCGGGCCGGGCCGAAGCAAAUUUGAAACGGGCCAUGCCGGCCGACGAGCCAACUCAUCUGUGAAUUUGCAGGAUUUGCCCCGUAUUCAACAAAGCUUUCGAGGAAGAUUACUGCAUGAGAAAGUCAUUUUUCGAAAUUUUGGGACAUGAUUUGGUGAGGAUUUCGUGUGUCGCGGAAAUGAAUAAUUUACCGUUCAAAUUGAACGGAACGAAGCUUGAAUCGUUCGCACCCAAAACCGCGGGCCAGUUCAACUGCGAGAGCAAGCUAGCAGUGUUUGGAGAUAAGAUUGUCUUCAAAAAUAAUGGAGAGGACAUCUGCAAAGAAAUAAAUUGGGCUGUGGAUCACGUUUGGAAAGCGUCGGAAUGCGCAAAGGACGAUGAAUACAAGUUGAAUUCAAAGAACGUCCUACUUUUUCCAUUAGUAAGUCAAAAAAACGGGUCCCGACUUUUCGGGUCAGGGAGAGAUCGGGUCAACGACAUUCCGGGUUAACGAUACCGUUUAACUUUUUCGCUUCGGGACUGGAAAAAAGAAUAUUUUGAAGAAUUUGAACAAAAUUUUCACGUUUACAUAUACGUGAAUCGUCCUAUCUUAACAGUCAACAGCGGAAUAGUUCAUCUAAAAAAAUCCAGAAAUAACAUAUUUACUCUACUCUGUAAAAUAAGAUUGUAACAUUCAGAUCGAUUCUCCACAAAAAAUAUUUUUUUUGUUUUCUUUUCCCGAAGCGAAAACGUUUCAAAAUUUUGUUCAAUGUUCACAAAAAUUCUUUUUUCCAGUUUCGAAACGAAAAAAUUAAACGAUAUCGUAUCGUUAACGCGAAAUGUCGUUGACCCGACCUGUCCCUGACCCGAAACGCCGUAGCGCCAAAAAAUUGUUUUUGUUUUAUUUGUAAUCUAAUUCUUGUUUUCAGAACUACAUUCUUAUUAAAUUUUCGGCGGAAGGAUGUAAUCCACCUGGUCCUGAGGUAUCCGAUUAUUUGAACAACACCUACGUCAAGUACCUGUACAAUCCGAACGAAAUAUCGUGGGUCCUCGCUUUCUGUGAAUUAUAUUUUUUUAGAAGUUCCGAGAAUGUGACGAUUGCGACGGUCCAAGAUGAAUCCCCGAAUUGGGCGCUGAUAGGAGGAGGCGUUGGCGGGGCGCUGGUGUUCCUCUUACUGCUGAUAGUGCUGGCCAUUUUUCUAAUUCGACGAUACAGCAAAAGGCAAUAUAGGUAAGCAAAGUUAUGAAGAGUCGUAGUGGGACGAUUGGGGAAACCGAAAAGUAUUCCCCAUUUUCUGUCGACCAAAUAUGAAAAAAUCGGCACGAAAGACGGUCGGACUACGUCUAGAGGACCGUCAGCCUCCAUUUUAUGCAAUAAUCCGGUUUGACAAAAUGUACGCUAUGUCAUAAUGACACAUUUUCUGUAACUCUUAUUUUCUGAAACUUUAAACGGCUGGUUCUGCCCCAGGAGACACUCUAUAGUGUUCAUAGGUUCAUUCGAACGGCAAUGGAAAGCACUUCUAAAUAAAAGCUUCAAACUUUGCCGCACUAUGAAAAAAUUUUGAGAAAUCUAAGCUACUCUAACUUUUGAUCCAAAGAAUCAAUUUUUUCUUGCCUUAGGCAAAACUUUAGAAAAACGUUGUCAACAGGUAACUAGCUCAGAAUAACGAUACCAAUCCAUCCGAACCACCCCCGACUCUCUGGCAUGUCUAAUCUUUGUGAUACAAAAUUUUCGAUAAAAGUGCAGUACAAAAAAAAAAUAGAAAUUCCAAAAUUUUUUGUUUUGUUAGUGUACUAACUGGGUUGAAUUUCAGCCCUGUAGGACCAACUUGGAAAAAAUGUGCCAAGGCACAUCAACCACAAAAAAAAAAAGUUUUGAAUCGCGAAAACUGUUUGCAUAACUUUGCUAGGGUGCCCAAGAGUAGCUCAAAUUAAGAAUUGGAACCGAGUCGGACAGACCAAAAAAAAGUAGAUUUGAAAACCUUAUUUUAGACAUCUUUUGCUACUAAAUUGUUUCGUAACGAAGCAAUUGCCUAAAUUCUUUUUUCUAUGAGCAUAAUUAGAGUAGUUUUAGAGAACAAUAAGCAACCCUGUGUCAUAUACUAGCUUACUCACUCAAAAUCCAAAAAAACUGAUAUUUAGGUGACUAAAAUAAUAUUUUAAAAAUCGGUAAAUUUUGACUCAGUUAGGUCCACUAUGAUCUAAAAAGACAAUAAGAGCAUAAUUAGUGGCAUCCGCACAAGUUUAGAAGCUGUUCUAAGAACCUUGUUUUAGGUGGUAUUGGCCAUUUUUGAAAUUGGCGCAGCGAAGUUGAAACCUUGUUCAUUACCCACUGCACAGUAAGCUAAAACAUUAGAGACCCUUAAAAGACCGAAUGCCAAAAAUCUUGGCAUUCUGUUUAUGGUUGAUGUGCAAGGGGUUCUCUCGCGAACCUUGUUUUAAAGGGCCUGUACAGCUACUUUGAAAAGCAAUUUUCUCGGCUUGGGGUGGCGUUCUGAUAUAACGUUUGUUUUCGUGGCGGGACGCACUGACAAACUCGGUGCGGCUUUUUUUGAUCCAAAAUGAGGUGUAUAAGGUACAUUUUCAAGCGUUAUAUGGCGACAAUUUGUUGUUUUUGCAUGGCGAAGUGGUAAGUCGUUGUUUUGAAAGAUUUUUGAUUGCAUUUUUAGGUGGUUUUUAUGUUGUAGAUGGUUUUGAACCAACCCGCUCUUAAUACUAUUCAUCUUGUACUCUGUAGUAUUAGAAAGGGUAUUACAUUCUUAUUUGCCGUACUUUUUCGACGGAGUGGCGCUAUGAGCCAUCUCCGACCUUGUACAUGAGAUAAAGAUUGGUUUUGAAUAAAAUGUCAGUCAGGCUGUUUUUUGGGCAUUAAACUUGCCAAUGCUGUUAAAUUAUACAGUGUGCAUCUACUUAAUGAAAAAAAGUAGCUUGCUCUAUGAUCUCGAGUAUUUUCUUGGCAUAUCAUCUUCAACAAGUAGUUACCGUAACAAUUUGUACCCCGAAUUACCAAGAGGAAUGGACGAAAAUCACAAAAUUUGAUAUGCAAAUUUGAACGCAGCGUGCCUGAAAACGUAAUGCUACAAUCAUUAGCCGUUUCAGAAUAAAUCGGGUCUGUUAAGUUGGUUCUACAAAAAAGUUCCGAAAAAUAGGCCAAAAUAGGCUUGCUUUUACCCAUUUUUCCUUGAACCAACCACCUGCGGCAGAUAGAACAUUUAAGAAAGAAGUAAGAUACGGCUAUAGGUUUGUUAACAUGCUGAGUUUGAUUUUCGGGGCAAAAAGUUCCCAUAGAUAGUAAUUUUCUGUACUUUAGGGCCUUUGAAGGUUACUGUAGAAGGUAAACGGUAGCUUAAAUGACUUAAAAGGUCGAUUAAAUGACUUCAAACUAAUCGGUAUCGGUUUGUUUUACAUCUUGCAUUUGGUACAAGUAGUCUAAGUUGUUUCUUGCCGAAAAUAAAUCACUAAUCGGAUUUUUUUUUUAAAACCAAUGUUUACCUGAUGUACAAGGACGGAGAUGGCUCGUGGGGCCACUGCGUCGAUAAAUUACGGUAGAUCCGAAUGUAAUACCCUUUCUAAUACUACAGAGAACACAAGGAAUGGUAUUAAGGGCAGGUUGGUGUAACUAUUAUUUUAGCCUUUUAUUUUAUGUUAAUUCAGUUAAUAGAAUAUAAAGAAGCUAGAUUUUCAAUUUCUGAUGGAGUGUAUGGUAGAAUUUUUUAUUUGUCUACCGGAUUUCAUGGGUUUCAUGUUUUGUGUUUACAAAUACAAAUAAAUUUUUUAUUACUUUCAUUUUCUUAAUCUCUUCAGAAUUAUAUUUUAAAUAAAAUAAAAAAGUCGAAAAUUUUAGAUUAAUAUUUUUAAUUUUUUUAAAAAUUAAAACAGCUUUUUUGUAAGGGUCGAGCUAGCUGUGCACAUGAAACAGGAUGUCGCAGCAGAGUCGUGAAACAGUAACCAUAGGUUUCCCUAAUCACGAAUAUUAAAUUUCAGAAAAAAAAAUUUUGAUUAUUGGCCUACUGUAGGUGUACUGUAGCUUUCCCGCAUUCCCGGAUCUCAGCUACAAGAGGUCGGGUUGUAUCCGUACCUUCUCUGAAUCAUAGAAUGGACAAUUCUAAGCAUCUUUCAUGUUGGGCACUUUUUCCUAUCUGUGCCGGAAGUAUUCUAAAAAUUUGCAUAAUUGUCAAAAAAUUCACAUUUUUCAAAUUUUAUAGAAAAAUUUGCAUAAUGGCAUGACAUUUUUAUUACCCUAAAAGAUGCUCCGUGAUGUGGCAAUUCAAACGGUAUAUAGAUCACCGCAAGGGGUUCUGCCUAUGUUGCAAACGGGUCGUCUAAAUAUUGGAUCAUCAGGAAUUCAAUUUUUCUGAACGUCAAAUUUUGUCAAAAAAAUGUGGUGUUUGGUAUGACCAAAGAUUGUAUUGGACUUCAAAGUGGUUCCAAAGUAAAAAUAUGUAAUUUUAUGACAAAAUAAUGUUAUAAAUCUUUAAAAGACGAGUCAGUGGACAUAGGAAAAAAUCAAUUUUGAAAUUUUUGCAUUAAAACGACCGUCGAUAGAUGCUAAGCAAAAGCGAAGGACGUUUUUUGCCUAAUCCUCCAUUAAGAUAUAUUUUUUACAAUUUACUGUUUUUUAAGUAAUCGCUUAUAGUUGUCGUAUUUUAGCUCUGAAUACAACAAUUUUAAGCUUACUGAUGUUUUCGACCAUUGCUAACACGACGGAGCUAUUAUUUUUUUUCGUUUCCUACUGUAACUUCCCGUGAUACAGUAUUGGCCGAAAAAAAACGGCCGUAAAAUCUUUGUUUCUAAAAACCCCCAGCUGAUUUUUUGAUAUGUUAAUCAGCGUAAAAUUCUGCUCUAGAUGCAAUCAAAAAAAGUGCAAAAAGUGGUACGACAAAUUUCGUGGUGUAGUGGUUAGUGGGCGGGACUACCAUUCCAGCGUCCCGGGUUCGACUCUGGCUGGGUGCAGAUGUCAAAAAAAAUCCGCAAAUCAAUUUUUUAAUUACCUAUUUUUACUUUGGAACCACUUUGAAGUCUAAUACAAUCUUUGGUCAUACCAAACAUCAAAUUUUUUUUGACAAAAUUUGACUUUAAUUCCUGAUGAUCCAAUAUUUAGACGACCCGUUUGCAACAUAGGCAGAACCCCUUGCGGUGAUCUGUAUACCGUUUGAAUUGCCACAUCACGGAGCAUCUUUUAGAGCAAUAAAAAUGUCAUGCCAUUAUGCAAAUUUUUCUAUAAAAUUUGAAAAAUGUAAAUUUUUUGGCAAUUAUGCAAAUUUUUAGAAUACUUCCGGCACAGAUAGGAAAAAGCGCCCAACAUGAAAGAUGCUUAGAAUUGUCCAUUCUAUAAUUCAGAAAAGGUCCGGAUACAAUCCGACCUCUUGUAGCUGAGAUCCUGGAAAUGCUGGAAAGCUACAGUACACCUACAGUAGGCCAAUAAUCAAAAAAAAUUUUUCUGAAAUUUAAUACUCGUGAUUAGGGAAACCUAUGGUUACUGUUUCACGGCUCUGCUGCGACAUCCUGUUUCAUGUGCACAAGGCAAAUCUGAAAGCUCGAGUCUUUCGCAAAACCUGUUUUAAGAACUUAAAUUUAAAUUAAAAAUUAUUUAUUUUUUUUACUAACAAGGGAUCGGCAAAUAGUUGUAACCUGCUUUCUUAACGAAGCCUAUAUCAUUUGAAAGAGGAUUAAAAAUAGUUCACAGCGCAAAAAGAACUAGCUGCCUAAAUUCACUUUGGACAAAGUUAUGGCCAAAAUACAGAUUUUAGCCUAAUUUCCGCCUCGCUUUAUAAACUCUCGGAAUGGCAACAGAGUUGUGUCCAGUUGGUCGAGUGGUAGUGAGCCCACUUUCGGCGCAGCGAGUCCUGGUUCUGAAUCCGGUCUCUCUAAAUAUUUUGCGUUUCGUCUCUUAUACACUGCUCGACAAAAUUAUAAAUGCACUUUAAAAAUCGCUGUAACUUUUGUGGUUGUCAAUGAAAUUGUGCCAUAUUUGGCUCCAAUAUGUACUAGUGUACUAUAAAUCUUGUGCCAAAAAAUUAUUUUGGAAACUUUCCACAAUUUGGAAAAAAGUUGAAAAAACCGAAAUUUUGGUGAUUUCCUUUGCGACAAAAUUAUAAAUUCGCGCAAUAUUUUGCAAUUUUCUAGCCGUUGGUGCUGAAGCAAAGUAAGUAAUUGGGCUUAGUAGUAUCCUUAGGGGUCCUUCUGUCAUGCUACGAGGAAAAAUGAUGGCAGAAUUUGAGAAGGGCGAAGUUACGGCCCUGAAACGGCAAAGACCUUGGGUUUGGCAAAUUUCGGCUCAGGUAGGGCGUUCUGCCGAAGUUGUGACGAACUACUCGGUUCACUCGGAAGUCCUCAACACAUCUAAACGUUCUGGCAAAAAAGGUUCACCACCGCGGCAGAAUUAAGGCAGAGAAAUCCGCCGAGCUUCCAACUCCACCUUCUCUGGGUAUCAUAUACAUAGAGCAAGAAACAGGUCUCAAUUGUAGCAGCAUGGCUAUGCUAAGGGCCCUGGGACACAGCGGUGUCAUCACUGGACGUCAUAUAAAAUCAUGCUUCAAGCUGGCCUAGGUUCGGUAAGCGCGCGACCGAAAUUGGCCAAGGUGAGACUUUGACAAAACAGGUCCUCCAACAUUACGGCACGGAAAGUAACGCGGUUCUCUUCUGAUAUAAUGACAGUGAUAUGUGCUAUGUGUGAAAGCGUCGAGGAUAUCGGCUGGCCAUGCAAUCUCCAAGGAAUUCCUUACUGCAACGAUGAUAAACCUACCCUUGACUACUCAACCUGUUUUGUCAAAGGCACCUUGGCCAAUUUCGGUCGCGCACUAACCGAACCUAACCAUCUGGGGGAACGACGUCAUAUGACGUCCAGUGAUGACAUCGCUGCGUCUUAAGGCCCUCAGCAUAGCUAUCCUGCUACAAUUGAGACCUAUUUCUUGCUUUAUAUGAGACCCAGAGAUGGUGGAGUUGGAAGCUCGGCGGAUUUCAUUGCCUUGACUCCGCCGCUAUGGUAAACCUUUUUCGCCGGAACGUUUAUGUGUGUUGAAGACUUCCGAGUGAACCGAGUAGUUCGUCACAACUUCGGCAGAACGCCCUACCUGAGCCGAAAUUUGCCAAACCCAAGGUCUUUGCCGUUUCAGGGCCGUAACUUCGCCCUUCUCAAAUUCUGCCACCAUUUUUCCUCGUAGCAUGACAGAAGGACCCCUAAGGAUACCACUAAGCCCAAUUACUUACUUUGCUUCAGCACCAACGGCUAGAGAAUUGCAAAAUAUUGCGCGAAUUUAUAAUUUUGUCGCAAAGGAAAUCACCAAAAUUUCGGUUUUUUCAACUUUUUUCCAAAUUGUGGAAACUUUCCAAAAUAAUUUUUGGGCACAAGAUUUACAGUACAUUAGUACAUAUUGGAGCCAAAUAUGGCACAAUUUCAUUGACAACCACAAAAGUUACAGCGAUUUAUAAAGUGCAUUUAUAAUUUUGUCGAGCAGUGUAUGCCACAAAACCAUGGUAUGUUGACAUUUUUUAAUAAUUUUUGUUCCUCCGCGGACAAAAUCCAUGGUUACGCAAUUUUUCUGAGUUUUUGAAUUUUUUUGAAACGACCACAAAUUUGAUGGUGAUGAGAGUGGGUAUGUCACUAUCGUAUAAUUACAAGGGUGUUGUGCCAGUAACCUGACCGAUUAUGAUUACUGGAGGAUAAUUCAAUUUACAAGGGCCUAUAAAUAUACAUUUUAUCAAAAAAAUACGAAGAUAAAAUUGUAAAAUCGGCCAAAGACACUAUUGCUGACACACUGGACCAACCAUUGGUAAGGCUAGGACAUAAGAAAUUUUCGUUUGUGAAUGACCACGACGAUCAUAUAAAUGUAUUUCCAAAGCUUUUUGCUCCAAUUUUCCCUUUAACCUAGUUUUAUUUACAAUUUACUGUAACUAGCAGUAAUGUCUAAUAACAUAUAACCGAGGAUUGGUAAAGCCAUAAAACGACCGUGAUAGACGUUUUUGGAUACCAGGAAAUUAAUAAAGACGAUUUCAAACCGCCAGGAUUACUGUAAUAUAAGGAACCGGCGUUUUGGCCGCAUAUAACCCCUUUCAAAAAGCUGUCGUAUCUAUGCCCUAAGGUAAUUUAGGCCGCUAUUUUUUUGCGCUGUGCACUAUUUUUAAUGCUCUUUCAAAUUAUAUAGGUUUCGUUAAGAAAGCAGGUUACAACUAUUUGCCGAUCCCUUGUAAGAUAAGUCUUUGAAAAUUUUUUUUUGUAAAAAUUAAUAAUUUCUUUAUAAAAAAAUUUUAAAAUAUUUAAAAAAAAAUAUUUUAAAAUUUAAAAAAUCGCCAUAACGUCAGAGUACUGAAGUCAAAUCGGAUGAAACUUUGCAUAGCGUAUUCUCAAAGGUUGGUUAACACUUGUGUAAAAUUUCAUGGCAUUUGAGAAAAAACCCCCCGAGAUACGAUCAAAAAAUGGGGUGGAACCAAAAACCUGGGACGCACUGUAUGUCUAUUUGCAGACAUCGCGCAUUAUAUGUCAGACAUGAUUUCUCCACCGCAAUGGAAACCACCAAGAAGUGUACGGAGGGGUUCGAUGUAGUCAAGCUGAAAAGUGGGAUGAAACUCGUCGUCCCGGUGAGUUGUUUGACUCUUUGAGUUUGACUUGUAUUAUAAUAUAUAAUGUAUAAUGAUUUUUUUUCAGAAAAUCAUUGAUAAUGCCGAGGUGAAGCGGAUGGUCGCCCAAGGCGAAUUCGGAGCAUUUUACGAAUACGAAUACAAGGGGACAUCGUACUGGUACAAGUUGGAGGCAAAGCUAGGCCCCAAAUACAAGCAACCGCUCGCCUGCGAGAGCGGCGUCUACCAGCUGAUGGACAAGAAUUCCAAGAGCCCAGACAAACAGUAAGUUGGAUGACCCCAAAACCGUUUGUUUCAGAUUCAUCUACAUUGGCAGCAUGCUCAGCAGCUGCCAAUUUUCUGAAGGCGUCUACUGCAUGCGGGUCGAAAAUUAUGGCCCGAACAUUCGCGAGAUGCGCCAAGGACAACUCAUGGCUCCGUUCGAGGCGCAAAAACUCUUCUUCCAGUUGCUUUACUGCAUGAAAGCGCUGAUCAACUACGGGAUUUGCCAUAGGUACAUCAAGGAGAGCGCAUUCUACGUCAAGAAAGACCGAAAUAGGUAUCGGGUGAGUGCAUGUUGAGUUUGUAUUCUCCCUAAAACUUUUUUUCUACUCCCGAUGCGAAAAGAUUUCAAAAUUUUGUUGAAUUUUCCAAAAAAUUCUUUUUUUUCCCAGUCCCGAAGCGAAAACAUUUCAAAUUUUUUUCAAAUUUCACAAAAAAUCCUUUUUUUUCAAGUCCCGGAGCGAAAACAUUUCAAAUUUUAUUCAAAUUUCACAAAAAUUUUUCUUGCAGUUCGUCAUUACUGACUUCGGAUAUGCAAUUCGCAUCGGCUCGGAACGCUCGGCGUUCUAUCCAAUCCCCGAAACGGCAACCACUCACAUCCACGCGAAGAAGGCGUUGAAGUCGGAGGACACGGAGAGCCUUCUCUACAUGGUAUUGGGCAUGAUGGCUCCUCUGCCUUGGGCGGGAAUGAAAAAAAUUGAGGAAGUCACGAAGGUCAAGUUAGAGUGUACCGACGAGAACUCGAUUCCCGAAGAAUUCUUCGACAUCAAGGAGGCUGUGACCUUGUGUCUGCUGAGGGGGCUCUACACGGAUGAUUUGGAGAUGGAAAACGUGGCCACGGGCAUCCUCAGAUAUUACUUUUUGGUAUGUGGAAUUUAAUUUUUUUUACAUGCGAAUUGGUUUUUAAGCGCAUUUUAUAUUUUAAAAAACUUUCAGGUCGGACCGUUGGACGAGCUCCAUCUUCCUGUGCGUUUCCCCAAUGAUAAUUUCAAGUUGAUGGGCACGUUCAAGUCGUAUGACUAUUAA